GCGCUUUUUUUCGGAAGGGCAUUUUCCAUGGAUUUUGAAGGCUACGGAUCAAGGAUUCGGCGUGAGGGUAUCCUCCACCGAGGAUUAAGUCUAUUAGGCACUGAUUUGGGCGUAUUUGUUCCGGGUCAAUUUUUGGCAGUUUCCAAAGGGGUACCAUCACCGAUUUCGGGCGAUUUUUUGGAAUGGCGAUUUUGGUUGGAUAUUGGAGGCUACGGAGCACGGAUUCGGCCUGAGGCGAACUGGGGCUAUGAUUCGGGGAUGAUGAAGUCAACUAAUCGGAGAUUUGGGCGAAAAUUGUUCCGGGGGCAUUUUCGUAAUUUUCCGACCGCUUUUUUUCGGAAGGGCAUUUUCCAUGGAUUUUGAAGGCUACGGAUCAAGGAUUCGGCGUGAGGGUAUCCUCCACCGAGGAUUAAGUCUAUUAGGCACUGAUUUGGGCGUAUUUGUUCCGGGUCAAUUUUUGGCAGUUUCCAAAGGGGUACCAUCACCGAUUUCGGGCGAUUUUUUGGAAUGGCGAUUUUGGUUGGAUAUUGGAGGCUACGGAGCACGGAUUCGGCCUGAGGCGAACUGGGGCUAUGAUUCGGGGAUGAUGAAGUCAACUAAUCGGAGAUUUGGGCGAAAAUUGUUCCGGGGGCAUUUUCGUAAUUUUCCGAGCGCUUUUUUUCGGAAGGGCAUUUUCCAUGGAUUUUGAAGGCUACGGAUCAAGGAUUCGGCGUGAGGGUAUCCUCCACCGAGGAUUAAGUCUAUUAGGCACUGAUUUGGGCGUAUUUGUUCCGGGUCAAUUUUUGGCAGUUUCCAAAGGGGUACCAUCACCGAUUUCGGGCGAUUUUUUGGAAUGGCGAUUUUGGUUGGAUAUUGGAGGCUACGGAGCACGGAUUCGGCCUGAGGCGAACUGGGGCUAUGAUUCGGGGAUGAUGAAGUCAACUAAUCGGAGAUUUGGGCGAAAAUUGUUCCGGGGGCAUUUUCGUAAUUUUCCGAGCGCUUUUUUUCGGAAGGGCAUUUUCCAUGGAUUUUGAAGGCUACGGAUCAAGGAUUCGGCGUGAGGGUAUCCUCCACCGAGGAUUAAGUCUAUUAGGCACUGAUUUGGGCGUAUUUGUUCCGGGUCAAUUUUUGGCAGUUUCCAAAGGGGUACCAUCACCGAUUUCGGGCGAUUUUUUGGAAUGGCGAUUUUGGUUGGAUAUUGGAGGCUACGGAGCACGGAUUCGGCCUGAGGCGAACUGGGGCUAUGAUUCGGGGAUGAUGAAGUCAACUAAUCGGAGAUUUGGGCGAAAAUUGUUCCGGGGGCAUUUUCGUAAUUUUCCGAGCGCUUUUUUUCGGAAGGGCAUUUUCCAUGGAUUUUGAAGGCUACGGAUCAAGGAUUCGGCGUGAGGGUAUCCUCCACCGAGGAUUAAGUCUAUUAGGCACUGAUUUGGGCGUAUUUGUUCCGGGUCAAUUUUUGGCAGUUUCCAAAGGGGUACCAUCACCGAUUUCGGGCGAUUUUUUGGAAUGGCGAUUUUGGUUGGAUAUUGGAGGCUACGGAGCACGGAUUCGGCCUGAGGCGAACUGGGGCUAUGAUUCGGGGAUGAUGAAGUCAACUAAUCGGAGAUUUGGGCGAAAAUUGUUCCGGGGGCAUUUUCGUAAUUUUCCGACCGCUUUUUUUCGGAAGGGCAUUUUCCAUGGAUUUUGAAGGCUACGGAUCAAGGAUUCGGCGUGAGGGUAUCCUCCACCGAGGAUUAAGUCUAUUAGGCACUGAUUUGGGCGUAUUUGUUCCGGGUCAAUUUUUGGCAGUUUCCAAAGGGGUACCAUCACCGAUUUCGGGCGAUUUUUUGGAAUGGCGAUUUUGGUUGGAUAUUGGAGGCUACGGAGCACGGAUUCGGCCUGAGGCGAACUGGGGCUAUGAUUCGGGGAUGAUGAAGUCAACUAAUCGGAGAUUUGGGCGAAAAUUGUUCCGGGGGCAUUUUCGUAAUUUUCCGAGCGCUUUUUUUCGGAAGGGCAUUUUCCAUGGAUUUUGAAGGCUACGGAUCAAGGAUUCGGCGUGAGGGUAUCCUCCACCGAGGAUUAAGUCUAUUAGGCACUGAUUUGGGCGUAUUUGUUCCGGGUCAAUUUUUGGCAGUUUCCAAAGGGGUACCAUCACCGAUUUCGGGCGAUUUUUUGGAAUGGCGAUUUUGGUUGGAUAUUGGAGGCUACGGAGCACGGAUUCGGCCUGAGGCGAACUGGGGCUAUGAUUCGGGGAUGAUGAAGUCAACUAAUCGGAGAUUUGGGCGAAAAUUGUUCCGGGGGCAUUUUCGUAAUUUUCCGAGCGCUUUUUUUCGGAAGGGCAUUUUCCAUGGAUUUUGAAGGCUACGGAUCAAGGAUUCGGCGUGAGGGUAUCCUCCACCGAGGAUUAAGUCUAUUAGGCACUGAUUUGGGCGUAUUUGUUCCGGGUCAAUUUUUGGCAGUUUCCAAAGGGGUACCAUCACCGAUUUCGGGCGAUUUUUUGGAAUGGCGAUUUUGGUUGGAUAUUGGAGGCUACGGAGCACGGAUUCGGCCUGAGGCGAACUGGGGCUAUGAUUCGGGGAUGAUGAAGUCAACUAAUCGGAGAUUUGGGCGAAAAUUGUUCCGGGGGCAUUUUCGUAAUUUUCCGACCGCUUUUUUUCGGAAGGGCAUUUUCCAUGGAUUUUGAAGGCUACGGAUCAAGGAUUCGGCGUGAGGGUAUCCUCCACCGAGGAUUAAGUCUAUUAGGCACUGAUUUGGGCGUAUUUGUUCCGGGUCAAUUUUUGGCAGUUUCCAAAGGGGUACCAUCACCGAUUUCGGGCGAUUUUUUGGAAUGGCGAUUUUGGUUGGAUAUUGGAGGCUACGGAGCACGGAUUCGGCCUGAGGCGAACUGGGGCUAUGAUUCGGGGAUGAUGAAGUCAACUAAUCGGAGAUUUGGGCGAAAAUUGUUCCGGGGGCAUUUUCGUAAUUUUCCGAGCGCUUUUUUUCGGAAGGGCAUUUUCCAUGGAUUUUGAAGGCUACGGAUCAAGGAUUCGGCGUGAGGGUAUCCUCCACCGAGGAUUAAGUCUAUUAGGCACUGAUUUGGGCGUAUUUGUUCCGGGUCAAUUUUUGGCAGUUUCCAAAGGGGUACCAUCACCGAUUUCGGGCGAUUUUUUGGAAUGGCGAUUUUGGUUGGAUAUUGGAGGCUACGGAGCACGGAUUCGGCCUGAGGCGAACUGGGGCUAUGAUUCGGGGAUGAUGAAGUCAACUAAUCGGAGAUUUGGGCGAAAAUUGUUCCGGGGGCAUUUUCGUAAUUUUCCGAGCGCUUUUUUUCGGAAGGGCAUUUUCCAUGGAUUUUGAAGGCUACGGAUCAAGGAUUCGGCGUGAGGGUAUCCUCCACCGAGGAUUAAGUCUAUUAGGCACUGAUUUGGGCGUAUUUGUUCCGGGUCAAUUUUUGGCAGUUUCCAAAGGGGUACCAUCACCGAUUUCGGGCGAUUUUUUGGAAUGGCGAUUUUGGUUGGAUAUUGGAGGCUACGGAGCACGGAUUCGGCCUGAGGCGAACUGGGGCUAUGAUUCGGGGAUGAUGAAGUCAACUAAUCGGAGAUUUGGGCGAAAAUUGUUCCGGGGGCAUUUUCGUAAUUUUCCGACCGCUUUUUUUCGGAAGGGCAUUUUCCAUGGAUUUUGAAGGCUACGGAUCAAGGAUUCGGCGUGAGGGUAUCCUCCACCGAGGAUUAAGUCUAUUAGGCACUGAUUUGGGCGUAUUUGUUCCGGGUCAAUUUUUGGCAGUUUCCAAAGGGGUACCAUCACCGAUUUCGGGCGAUUUUUUGGAAUGGCGAUUUUGGUUGGAUAUUGGAGGCUACGGAGCACGGAUUCGGCCUGAGGCGAACUGGGGCUAUGAUUCGGGGAUGAUGAAGUCAACUAAUCGGAGAUUUGGGCGAAAAUUGUUCCGGGGGCAUUUUCGUAAUUUUCCGAGCGCUUUUUUUCGGAAGGGCAUUUUCCAUGGAUUUUGAAGGCUACGGAUCAAGGAUUCGGCGUGAGGGUAUCCUCCACCGAGGAUUAAGUCUAUUAGGCACUGAUUUGGGCGUAUUUGUUCCGGGUCAAUUUUUGGCAGUUUCCAAAGGGGUACCAUCACCGAUUUCGGGCGAUUUUUUGGAAUGGCGAUUUUGGUUGGAUAUUGGAGGCUACGGAGCACGGAUUCGGCCUGAGGCGAACUGGGGCUAUGAUUCGGGGAUGAUGAAGUCAACUAAUCGGAGAUUUGGGCGAAAAUUGUUCCGGGGGCAUUUUCGUAAUUUUCCGAGCGCUUUUUUUCGGAAGGGCAUUUUCCAUGGAUUUUGAAGGCUACGGAUCAAGGAUUCGGCGUGAGGGUAUCCUCCACCGAGGAUUAAGUCUAUUAGGCACUGAUUUGGGCGUAUUUGUUCCGGGUCAAUUUUUGGCAGUUUCCAAAGGGGUACCAUCACCGAUUUCGGGCGAUUUUUUGGAAUGGCGAUUUUGGUUGGAUAUUGGAGGCUACGGAGCACGGAUUCGGCCUGAGGCGAACUGGGGCUAUGAUUCGGGGAUGAUGAAGUCAACUAAUCGGAGAUUUGGGCGAAAAUUGUUCCGGGGGCAUUUUCGUAAUUUUCCGACCGCUUUUUUUCGGAAGGGCAUUUUCCAUGGAUUUUGAAGGCUACGGAUCAAGGAUUCGGCGUGAGGGUAUCCUCCACCGAGGAUUAAGUCUAUUAGGCACUGAUUUGGGCGUAUUUGUUCCGGGUCAAUUUUUGGCAGUUUCCAAAGGGGUACCAUCACCGAUUUCGGGCGAUUUUUUGGAAUGGCGAUUUUGGUUGGAUAUUGGAGGCUACGGAGCACGGAUUCGGCCUGAGGCGAACUGGGGCUAUGAUUCGGGGAUGAUGAAGUCAACUAAUCGGAGAUUUGGGCGAAAAUUGUUCCGGGGGCAUUUUCGUAAUUUUCCGAGCGCUUUUUUUCGGAAGGGCAUUUUCCAUGGAUUUUGAAGGCUACGGAUCAAGGAUUCGGCGUGAGGGUAUCCUCCACCGAGGAUUAAGUCUAUUAGGCACUGAUUUGGGCGUAUUUGUUCCGGGUCAAUUUUUGGCAGUUUCCAAAGGGGUACCAUCACCGAUUUCGGGCGAUUUUUUGGAAUGGCGAUUUUGGUUGGAUAUUGGAGGCUACGGAGCACGGAUUCGGCCUGAGGCGAACUGGGGCUAUGAUUCGGGGAUGAUGAAGUCAACUAAUCGGAGAUUUGGGCGAAAAUUGUUCCGGGGGCAUUUUCGUAAUUUUCCGAGCGCUUUUUUUCGGAAGGGCAUUUUCCAUGGAUUUUGAAGGCUACGGAUCAAGGAUUCGGCGUGAGGGUAUCCUCCACCGAGGAUUAAGUCUAUUAGGCACUGAUUUGGGCGUAUUUGUUCCGGGUCAAUUUUUGGCAGUUUCCAAAGGGGUACCAUCACCGAUUUCGGGCGAUUUUUUGGAAUGGCGAUUUUGGUUGGAUAUUGGAGGCUACGGAGCACGGAUUCGGCCUGAGGCGAACUGGGGCUAUGAUUCGGGGAUGAUGAAGUCAACUAAUCGGAGAUUUGGGCGAAAAUUGUUCCGGGGGCAUUUUCGUAAUUUUCCGACCGCUUUUUUUCGGAAGGCCAUUUUCCAUGGAUUUUGAAGGCUACGGAUCAAGGAUUCGGCGUGAGGGUAUCCUCCACCGAGGAUUAAGUCUAUUAGGCACUGAUUUGGGCGUAUUUGUUCCGGGUCAAUUUUUGGCAGUUUCCAAAGGGGUACCAUCACCGAUUUCGGGCGAUUUUUUGGAAUGGCGAUUUUGGUUGGAUAUUGGAGGCUACGGAGCACGGAUUCGGCCUGAGGCGAACUGGGGCUAUGAUUCGGGGAUGAUGAAGUCAACUAAUCGGAGAUUUGGGCGAAAAUUGUUCCGGGGGCAUUUUCGUAAUUUUCCGAGCGCUUUUUUUCGGAAGGCCAUUUUCCAUGGAUUUUGAAGGCUACGGAUCAAGGAUUCGGCGUGAGGGUAUCCUCCACCGAGGAUUAAGUCUAUUAGGCACUGAUUUGGGCGUAUUUGUUCCGGGUCAAUUUUUGGCAGUUUCCAAAGGGGUACCAUCACCGAUUUCGGGCGAUUUUUUGGAAUGGCGAUUUUGGUUGGAUAUUGGAGGCUACGGAGCACGGAUUCGGCCUGAGGCGAACUGGGGCUAUGAUUCGGGGAUGAUGAAGUCAACUAAUCGGAGAUUUGGGCGAAAAUUGUUCCGGGGGCAUUUUCGUAAUUUUCCGAGCGCUUUUUUCGGAAGGGCAUUUUCCAUGGAUUUUGAAGGCUACGGAUCAAGGAUUCGGCGUGAGGGUAUCCUCCACCGAGGAUUAAGUCUAUUAGGCACUGAUUUGGGCGUAUUUGUUCCGGGUCAAUUUUUGGCAGUUUCCAAAGGGGUACCAUCACCGAUUUCGGGCGAUUUUUUGGAAUGGCGAUUUUGGUUGGAUAUUGGAGGCUACGGAGCACGGAUUCGGCCUGAGGCGAACUGGGGCUAUGAUUCGGGGAUGAUGAAGUCAACUAAUCGGAGAUUUGGGCGAAAAUUGUUCCGGGGGCAUUUUCGUAAUUUUCCGACCGCUUUUUUUCGGAAGGGCAUUUUCCAUGGAUUUUGAAGGCUACGGAUCAAGGAUUCGGCGUGAGGGUAUCCUCCACCGAGGAUUAAGUCUAUUAGGCACUGAUUUGGGCGUAUUUGUUCCGGGUCAAUUUUUGGCAGUUUCCAAAGGGGUACCAUCACCGAUUUCGGGCGAUUUUUUGGAAUGGCGAUUUUGGUUGGAUAUUGGAGGCUACGGAGCACGGAUUCGGCCUGAGGCGAACUGGGGCUAUGAUUCGGGGAUGAUGAAGUCAACUAAUCGGAGAUUUGGGCGAAAAUUGUUCCGGGGGCAUUUUCGUAAUUUUCCGAGCGCUUUUUUUCGGAAGGGCAUUUUCCAUGGAUUUUGAAGGCUACGGAUCAAGGAUUCGGCGUGAGGGUAUCCUCCACCGAGGAUUAAGUCUAUUAGGCACUGAUUUGGGCGUAUUUGUUCCGGGUCAAUUUUUGGCAGUUUCCAAAGGGGUACCAUCACCGAUUUCGGGCGAUUUUUUGGAAUGGCGAUUUUGGUUGGAUAUUGGAGGCUACGGAGCACGGAUUCGGCCUGAGGCGAACUGGGGCUAUGAUUCGGGGAUGAUGAAGUCAACUAAUCGGAGAUUUGGGCGAAAAUUGUUCCGGGGGCAUUUUCGUAAUUUUCCGAGCGCUUUUUUUCGGAAGGGCAUUUUCCAUGGAUUUUGAAGGCUACGGAUCAAGGAUUCGGCGUGAGGGUAUCCUCCACCGAGGAUUAAGUCUAUUAGGCACUGAUUUGGGCGUAUUUGUUCCGGGUCAAUUUUUGGCAGUUUCCAAAGGGGUACCAUCACCGAUUUCGGGCGAUUUUUUGGAAUGGCGAUUUUGGUUGGAUAUUGGAGGCUACGGAGCACGGAUUCGGCCUGAGGCGAACUGGGGCUAUGAUUCGGGGAUGAUGAAGUCAACUAAUCGGAGAUUUGGGCGAAAAUUGUUCCGGGGGCAUUUUCGUAAUUUUCCGAGCGCUUUUUUUCGGAAGGGCAUUUUCCAUGGAUUUUGAAGGCUACGGAUCAAGGAUUCGGCGUGAGGGUAUCCUCCACCGAGGAUUAAGUCUAUUAGGCACUGAUUUGGGCGUAUUUGUUCCGGGUCAAUUUUUGGCAGUUUCCAAAGGGGUACCAUCACCGAUUUCGGGCGAUUUUUUGGAAUGGCGAUUUUGGUUGGAUAUUGGAGGCUACGGAGCACGGAUUCGGCCUGAGGCGAACUGGGGCUAUGAUUCGGGGAUGAUGAAGUCAACUAAUCGGAGAUUUGGGCGAAAAUUGUUCCGGGGGCAUUUUCGUAAUUUUCCGACCGCUUUUUUUCGGAAGGGCAUUUUCCAUGGAUUUUGAAGGCUACGGAUCAAGGAUUCGGCGUGAGGGUAUCCUCCACCGAGGAUUAAGUCUAUUAGGCACUGAUUUGGGCGUAUUUGUUCCGGGUCAAUUUUUGGCAGUUUCCAAAGGGGUACCAUCACCGAUUUCGGGCGAUUUUUUGGAAUGGCGAUUUUGGUUGGAUAUUGGAGGCUACGGAGCACGGAUUCGGCCUGAGGCGAACUGGGGCUAUGAUUCGGGGAUGAUGAAGUCAACUAAUCGGAGAUUUGGGCGAAAAUUGUUCCGGGGGCAUUUUCGUAAUUUUCCGAGCGCUUUUUUUCGGAAGGGCAUUUUCCAUGGAUUUUGAAGGCUACGGAUCAAGGAUUCGGCGUGAGGGUAUCCUCCACCGAGGAUUAAGUCUAUUAGGCACUGAUUUGGGCGUAUUUGUUCCGGGUCAAUUUUUGGCAGUUUCCAAAGGGGUACCAUCACCGAUUUCGGGCGAUUUUUUGGAAUGGCGAUUUUGGUUGGAUAUUGGAGGCUACGGAGCACGGAUUCGGCCUGAGGCGAACUGGGGCUAUGAUUCGGGGAUGAUGAAGUCAACUAAUCGGAGAUUUGGGCGAAAAUUGUUCCGGGGGCAUUUUCGUAAUUUUCCGAGCGCUUUUUUUCGGAAGGGCAUUUUCCAUGGAUUUUGAAGGCUACGGAUCAAGGAUUCGGCGUGAGGGUAUCCUCCACCGAGGAUUAAGUCUAUUAGGCACUGAUUUGGGCGUAUUUGUUCCGGGUCAAUUUUUGGCAGUUUCCAAAGGGGUACCAUCACCGAUUUCGGGCGAUUUUUUGGAAUGGCGAUUUUGGUUGGAUAUUGGAGGCUACGGAGCACGGAUUCGGCCUGAGGCGAACUGGGGCUAUGAUUCGGGGAUGAUGAAGUCAACUAAUCGGAGAUUUGGGCGAAAAUUGUUCCGGGGGCAUUUUCGUAAUUUUCCGAGCGCUUUUUUCGGAAGGGCAUUUUCCAUGGAUUUUGAAGGCUACGGAUCAAGGAUUCGGCGUGAGGGUAUCCUCCACCGAGGAUUAAGUCUAUUAGGCACUGAUUUGGGCGUAUUUGUUCCGGGUCAAUUUUUGGCAGUUUCCAAAGGGGUACCAUCACCGAUUUCGGGCGAUUUUUUGGAAUGGCGAUUUUGGUUGGAUAUUGGAGGCUACGGAGCACGGAUUCGGCCUGAGGCGAACUGGGGCUAUGAUUCGGGGAUGAUGAAGUCAACUAAUCGGAGAUUUGGGCGAAAAUUGUUCCGGGGGCAUUUUCGUAAUUUUCCGACCGCUUUUUUUCGGAAGGGCAUUUUCCAUGGAUUUUGAAGGCUACGGAUCAAGGAUUCGGCGUGAGGGUAUCCUCCACCGAGGAUUAAGUCUAUUAGGCACUGAUUUGGGCGUAUUUGUUCCGGGUCAAUUUUUGGCAGUUUCCAAAGGGGUACCAUCACCGAUUUCGGGCGAUUUUUUGGAAUGGCGAUUUUGGUUGGAUAUUGGAGGCUACGGAGCACGGAUUCGGCCUGAGGCGAACUGGGGCUAUGAUUCGGGGAUGAUGAAGUCAACUAAUCGGAGAUUUGGGCGAAAAUUGUUCCGGGGGCAUUUUCGUAAUUUUCCGAGCGCUUUUUUUCGGAAGGGCAUUUUCCAUGGAUUUUGAAGGCUACGGAUCAAGGAUUCGGCGUGAGGGUAUCCUCCACCGAGGAUUAAGUCUAUUAGGCACUGAUUUGGGCGUAUUUGUUCCGGGUCAAUUUUUGGCAGUUUCCAAAGGGGUACCAUCACCGAUUUCGGGCGAUUUUUUGGAAUGGCGAUUUUGGUUGGAUAUUGGAGGCUACGGAGCACGGAUUCGGCCUGAGGCGAACUGGGGCUAUGAUUCGGGGAUGAUGAAGUCAACUAAUCGGAGAUUUGGGCGAAAAUUGUUCCGGGGGCAUUUUCGUAAUUUUCCGAGCGCUUUUUUCGGAAGGGCAUUUUCCAUGGAUUUUGAAGGCUACGGAUCAAGGAUUCGGCGUGAGGGUAUCCUCCACCGAGGAUUAAGUCUAUUAGGCACUGAUUUGGGCGUAUUUGUUCCGGGUCAAUUUUUGGCAGUUUCCAAAGGGGUACCAUCACCGAUUUCGGGCGAUUUUUUGGAAUGGCGAUUUUGGUUGGAUAUUGGAGGCUACGGAGCACGGAUUCGGCCUGAGGCGAACUGGGGCUAUGAUUCGGGGAUGAUGAAGUCAACUAAUCGGAGAUUUGGGCGAAAAUUGUUCCGGGGGCAUUUUCGUAAUUUUCCGAGCGCUUUUUUUCGGAAGGGCAUUUUCCAUGGAUUUUGAAGGCUACGGAUCAAGGAUUCGGCGUGAGGGUAUCCUCCACCGAGGAUUAAGUCUAUUAGGCACUGAUUUGGGCGUAUUUGUUCCGGGUCAAUUUUUGGCAGUUUCCAAAGGGGUACCAUCACCGAUUUCGGGCGAUUUUUUGGAAUGGCGAUUUUGGUUGGAUAUUGGAGGCUACGGAGCACGGAUUCGGCCUGAGGCGAACUGGGGCUAUGAUUCGGGGAUGAUGAAGUCAACUAAUCGGAGAUUUGGGCGAAAAUUGUUCCGGGGGCAUUUUCGUAAUUUUCCGAGCGCUUUUUUUCGGAAGGGCAUUUUCCAUGGAUUUUGAAGGCUACGGAUCAAGGAUUCGGCGUGAGGGUAUCCUCCACCGAGGAUUAAGUCUAUUAGGCACUGAUUUGGGCGUAUUUGUUCCGGGUCAAUUUUUGGCAGUUUCCAAAGGGGUACCAUCACCGAUUUCGGGCGAUUUUUUGGAAUGGCGAUUUUGGUUGGAUAUUGGAGGCUACGGAGCACGGAUUCGGCCUGAGGCGAACUGGGGCUAUGAUUCGGGGAUGAUGAAGUCAACUAAUCGGAGAUUUGGGCGAAAAUUGUUCCGGGGGCAUUUUCGUAAUUUUCCGAGCGCUUUUUUUCGGAAGGGCAUUUUCCAUGGAUUUUGAAGGCUACGGAUCAAGGAUUCGGCGUGAGGGUAUCCUCCACCGAGGAUUAAGUCUAUUAGGCACUGAUUUGGGCGUAUUUGUUCCGGGUCAAUUUUUGGCAGUUUCCAAAGGGGUACCAUCACCGAUUUCGGGCGAUUUUUUGGAAUGGCGAUUUUGGUUGGAUAUUGGAGGCUACGGAGCACGGAUUCGGCCUGAGGCGAACUGGGGCUAUGAUUCGGGGAUGAUGAAGUCAACUAAUCGGAGAUUUGGGCGAAAAUUGUUCCGGGGGCAUUUUCGUAAUUUUCCGAGCGCUUUUUUUCGGAAGGGCAUUUUCCAUGGAUUUUGAAGGCUACGGAUCAAGGAUUCGGCGUGAGGGUAUCCUCCACCGAGGAUUAAGUCUAUUAGGCACUGAUUUGGGCGUAUUUGUUCCGGGUCAAUUUUUGGCAGUUUCCAAAGGGGUACCAUCACCGAUUUCGGGCGAUUUUUUGGAAUGGCGAUUUUGGUUGGAUAUUGGAGGCUACGGAGCACGGAUUCGGCCUGAGGCGAACUGGGGCUAUGAUUCGGGGAUGAUGAAGUCAACUAAUCGGAGAUUUGGGCGAAAAUUGUUCCGGGGGCAUUUUCGUAAUUUUCCGAGCGCUUUUUUCGGAAGGGCAUUUUCCAUGGAUUUUGAAGGCUACGGAUCAAGGAUUCGGCGUGAGGGUAUCCUCCACCGAGGAUUAAGUCUAUUAGGCACUGAUUUGGGCGUAUUUGUUCCGGGUCAAUUUUUGGCAGUUUCCAAAGGGGUACCAUCACCGAUUUCGGGCGAUUUUUUGGAAUGGCGAUUUUGGUUGGAUAUUGGAGGCUACGGAGCACGGAUUCGGCCUGAGGCGAACUGGGGCUAUGAUUCGGGGAUGAUGAAGUCAACUAAUCGGAGAUUUGGGCGAAAAUUGUUCCGGGGGCAUUUUCGUAAUUUUCCGAGCGCUUUUUUUCGGAAGGGCAUUUUCCAUGGAUUUUGAAGGCUACGGAUCAAGGAUUCGGCGUGAGGGUAUCCUCCACCGAGGAUUAAGUCUAUUAGGCACUGAUUUGGGCGUAUUUGUUCCGGGUCAAUUUUUGGCAGUUUCCAAAGGGGUACCAUCACCGAUUUCGGGCGAUUUUUUGGAAUGGCGAUUUUGGUUGGAUAUUGGAGGCUACGGAGCACGGAUUCGGCCUGAGGCGAACUGGGGCUAUGAUUCGGGGAUGAUGAAGUCAACUAAUCGGAGAUUUGGGCGAAAAUUGUUCCGGGGGCAUUUUCGUAAUUUUCCGAGCGCUUUUUUUCGGAAGGGCAUUUUCCAUGGAUUUUGAAGGCUACGGAUCAAGGAUUCGGCGUGAGGGUAUCCUCCACCGAGGAUUAAGUCUAUUAGGCACUGAUUUGGGCGUAUUUGUUCCGGGUCAAUUUUUGGCAGUUUCCAAAGGGGUACCAUCACCGAUUUCGGGCGAUUUUUUGGAAUGGCGAUUUUGGUUGGAUAUUGGAGGCUACGGAGCACGGAUUCGGCCUGAGGCGAACUGGGGCUAUGAUUCGGGGAUGAUGAAGUCAACUAAUCGGAGAUUUGGGCGAAAAUUGUUCCGGGGGCAUUUUCGUAAUUUUCCGAGCGCUUUUUUCGGAAGGGCAUUUUCCAUGGAUUUUGAAGGCUACGGAUCAAGGAUUCGGCGUGAGGGUAUCCUCCACCGAGGAUUAAGUCUAUUAGGCACUGAUUUGGGCGUAUUUGUUCCGGGUCAAUUUUUGGCAGUUUCCAAAGGGGUACCAUCACCGAUUUCGGGCGAUUUUUUGGAAUGGCGAUUUUGGUUGGAUAUUGGAGGCUACGGAGCACGGAUUCGGCCUGAGGCGAACUGGGGCUAUGAUUCGGGGAUGAUGAAGUCAACUAAUCGGAGAUUUGGGCGAAAAUUGUUCCGGGGGCAUUUUCGUAAUUUUCCGAGCGCUUUUUUCGGAAGGGCAUUUUCCAUGGAUUUUGAAGGCUACGGAUCAAGGAUUCGGCGUGAGGGUAUCCUCCACCGAGGAUUAAGUCUAUUAGGCACUGAUUUGGGCGUAUUUGUUCCGGGUCAAUUUUUGGCAGUUUCCAAAGGGGUACCAUCACCGAUUUCGGGUGAUUUUUUGGAAAGACCAUUUUGGUUGGAUUUUGAAGGCUACGGAGCACGAAUUCGGCCUCAGGCGAACUGGGGCUAUCCUCCAGCGAUGAUGAAGUCAAUUAAUCGGAGAUUUCUGCGAAAAUAUUUCCAAGGGCAUUUUCGUAAUUUUUCGAGCGCUUUUUUCGAAAGGCCAUUUUCGUUGGAUUUUGAAGGCUACGGAUUAAGGAUUUGGCGUGAGGCUAUCCUCCACCGACGAUUAAGUCUAUUAAGCACCGAUUUUAGGCAAUUUUUUUGAAUGGCAAUUUUCGUUGGAUUUUGGAGGCUACGGUGUACGGAUUAGGCCUGAGGCGAACUGGGGCUUUCCUCCAGUGACGAUGAAGUCAAUUAAUCGGAGAUUUGUGUGAAAAUUUUCUUGGAUUUUGAAGGUUACGGAUUAAGGCGGUGGACGUUAGUUCGAUGGAAAAUCAUCCAAUGACCUCAAGAUUUGAGAUCCACGUCUAUCUGACGAAUCAAAAUGGAUUCACGUUUGUUUGGUAGAUCAAAGAUAUGUGUGUGUUUGGCGGGUCAAAGGGGAUCUGCAUCUGGUAAAUCCUUAUGUCGAGCAAAGUCUUCCAUAUACAAGGUUUCUGGCAGAUCAAGAAAUUUUUUUGAGAGGUGGAAACGAAGUUCGUGCUCUUUGUCUUGAGGGGUGGAUUGUUAUGGUGCAAUCCAAGUACCACAUUGGAAAUAUAAGAAAAAAGACAUUUGUAUAGUCCACCAAAUCCAAUUAGUACGAGGCCUUUUGGGAAGGAACACAAAAGAAAAUCCGUACGGGUUAGCCCAAAGCUAACAAUAUCGUACUAAUGGAGCUACCUGAUUUCAACAAGCAUCUGAAUGGUUUUGGUUUCGAUUAAAAUCGACAGACCAAUAAGAAAUCGAUAAAACCAUAACCAAAUCAGUACACGUCAACAACACGAUUAUCACCAACUUAUGUAUAGUAGACUUCUCUCCUAUCUUCAUAUUUCUUGUUGUCUUGCGUAACUCUAUUUUUUUACUUCCCAAACUAUUGAGUUUGGUUUUUAUUUUUUGGUUUAUCCAAAUCAAACCAAAACCGUCAAGAGACUUAUCGAUUUCCGAUUAACCAAUAGCUUAUAAGAACCUUAAUGAUUUUAAUUUUGAUUUUUGAAAAUUAAUUUGAUUUAGUUUUUUUUUUUAUGCUUGGUUAACCGAAUCAAACUGGCAGCCUAAUCCUGGUAAGGCAGGAUACCAACCAUCACCCAAUUGCUCAGUUUUAAGUUGAAGAAUAGUCUGGCAGCUAAUCAACCCGCCCUGCGCUAUCUACUUCUAUUUUUUUGAUUCUUCUCUUUUUCUCGUUUCCUAAAGACCAAAGUCGAUUGCUUUACAACUAAGGUAAUUAGUUCCUUGUCCAACCUUUGCACUUCUUCUUCGUCCCAUCCGCUGCGUUGCCACCUGUUUUCACUGACAUGACAUCCCAUCCUGCCAGUCUCCACCUGACAAAAACGUGCCAUCCCAUUCACUCCUUCUUCCCGCCGACGCCACCCAUGAAUCGACUCCGACGUACCAAUACAUUUGCAUUAUUAAAAUGUUGCUGAUACACAAAGCCAGCCAGCCAGCAUUUCCAUCCCAUUAUAUUUAUAUUGCUGCAAUAAUUAGUCCUAUUUAAUUGUUGGGAUUUUCGGGUUAGAAAAUAGUAAAGGCGAAAUUUAAACAGAGCAAGAAAAAAAAAAUCUUUCUCCUUUUCGAGAAUAGAAGCUGCCACGUAGUUGUCAAAUACAGGUCGGUAGGUAACAGGGAAAAAAAAUUAAGAAAUAUUCAAAGCCAGCGGGAAGCCAUUGCCGCCAACUCCAUCAAUACCUUUACCCAAUAAUUUUAGCAUCAAAUUUUUUGGCUUUUAGGGUUUAGAAAUUAGAACACCAUUUUUCUCUCUUCACCGUUCACGAUCUCCAUUCCCCUGCCUCAAUUUCACGCUACAAUUCCUUUCUUUUUUUCUCCCAGCAACCAAUUCCCCCUCUCCGCUAAAUCCCCCAAACUCUGGAAGGAAAAUCGCAAGAAAAUCGAAAGAAAAUCCACCCUCCUUUGCCGGCGGCAGGGGAGAAACAAUCUCAAGAAACAAGAGGCCGGGGAGACAGAGUGGUGCCGGGGAUAAUUAACAAUUCCUUCACAUAUGGCACCGAGUCUCCUGGCCUGCUUCGGCCGCAGCAAGAGCUCCUCCUCCCCCUCCGCCGCCGUCAAAAGAGACCAGUUUUCCGCCUCCCAGACCGUCGACGCGUCGGUCGAGGAGCAGCGCCGCGGCGGGCCCGUCGUGGUGGAGCUGUUCUCGUCGCAGGGGUGCGCGACCUCGCCGGAGGCGGAGGUGCUGUUGUCGAGGCUCGGGAGAGGGGAUUUUGCGCUGGAAGCGCCCGUGAUCGUGCUGGCGUUCCACGUUGAUUACUGGGACUACGCCGGUUGGAAAGAUCCCUUCGGUUCCAGCCAGUCGACCGUCCGGCAGAAGGCUUACAUCGAGUCCCUCAAUCUCGACACCAUGUUCACCCCGCAGGUCGUUGUUCAGGGAAUGUCUCAUUGCGUUGGGAACGAAGAAGAGGCGUUGCUCUCUGCUAUCAUGAGCGCCCAGAGAUUCCCUUCCUCUGCCUUUCAGGCAACGUUUCAGAGGCCAUCGCCGGGGACUCUGAAGGUGUCUCUGUCGGGGCCGUUGAGGAGUAAGAUAGACGGGCAAGGGAUGGAUGUAAUGGUGGCACUGUACGAGAGCGGGCUGGUGAUGGACUGCCCGAGUGGGGAGAACAAAGGGAAGGUACUGGCGAAUGACUACGUGGUGAGGAGGAUGGAGAAGGUUGCUACUGUGAAAGAUGUCUCGGCCAAGAAAGUGGUGACUGCCAGUGUUCAUUUCCCGCUGUGGGAAGGAUUCAACGCGAGUAAAUGUGGGGUGGCCGUGUUUCUGCAAAACAAGCAGCAUCAGAUUUUCGGGUCUCAGAACUUUCAGUUGCCGGAUUCCAUAUGACCACAGAGUUGAGUUAUAUAUGGUCUUCGUGUAUGGGAAAAGGGUGUAAUUCUCCAUCUGAUUUUAGGCUCUUAUGUACAGCAUGAUGUCUUUAGAUAUGAACUUCUCUUCCAUUCUCAUCUGGCUGUGGCCCAGCUCGAUCCUCUCUAUCUUGAUUUGCGCCAUUAUUUGACUGAUUCUUGCUAUUGAUUCAUGUGAAAUGAGAUUCGCUCAAUGUCUGAUUGGUUUGAAUGAGAUUUGCUGAAUAUCUGUUACAUAAGGACUUUGUUGAACUGGAAACAAUCGCGCUAUUGUGCAAGCUUUGAUCAGCUUGCUGAUGAUUGCCCAUCAGCAAGACGUAUCAAAGGUCAUUUGGAAGUGCAACCAAACUAUAUACAAAAGAAAGCUUGUACUAAGUAAUUGUUUUUACAGUAAUGGUUGAGGUGUACAUAUCUAGCUGUAUUGCACAAGAUGACAUGUAUCUGAGUUCCCGGCUCCUUGAAUGGAAUUUGGAAAGCACUCUCUAGUAUUACAUAUCAAAGGCUAAUUUCAUUUAGGUCCCCAGCAGCUCAAGAGGAAAACCUUUCUCAGAGAUGUCUCAGCUGGCUUUGCCUUUUCCUCCUCUGGUCUGGCCUGCAUGGCUGGAGAGAGGGAAGUCUGAGCAGAGUCUUUGAUACCAAGAGAUGCUCCUAGAGAUAAAACAACGCAUGUUGUUGGAGUAGUGAGUCUCGUCAUAAGUUCUGAAAACAGAGAUUGAGUGUUAAAACAGUCACAGCAGACAGCACUGCAGUGAAGGAAAUGAAGAACACUAGAGUGUUGUACUGUACAAAGCAAGGCUUUGCUUGCAAGACCCUUGUGCUUGUAGGACUGCGUUUUAUACAGGCCCAAGAGACAGCAGUUUGGGAUAACACAGGGAACCACAUUCUUGGCUCAGAGAGAGGUGAGAAAGUGGAGAAUAUAUUAGGCUGAGUAAGUUGUUCCUUAAGGAUAGCAAAUCUUCCAGAUCAGAUAUUGGAGAACAUAUUCUUCUCUGCUGCAAGUGCUGAUAAUAUGCAGUUCCGUUCUGUCGAGACUGUGUUGCUUAUGCUUCUGGUUUAGUUAGGCACAAAGGCACUUAUAAUUCUGCAAACUAUGUGAAUCGUAUCUUCGUAAAGCCAGCGCCCAAACCAUGAACCAUGCAUCCCUUAAACUUAGAGGCCCAUGGACGAGAUGAGCCCAAUAUAUUGACAAUAUUUUCCCAGGAAAAAGAGGCUAUAAAACAAUAUGAAAAUAUCUUCUCCUUGUUUAUCCUGUAGGUGGAACAAUAUAAAGGCACGUAUUGAAA